UAUCACGUAACGAAGGAGGACCAUUUCUCCUCUUUCGUCCUUCUUCAAUAACCAAACCCACACGUUCUUCCCAAAGCUUUCGACUUUCACACACAAAUAAGUUAAUAACCACACUCUGCUUACCCACCAAAACAAGAACAUCAGAAAGAUGAUUCAGCUGCUGUUCGUAGUGAUUUUAUCAGAAAUGGUUCUGAUACUGGCGUUUCUGUUCAGGACCCCCUUCAGGAAGCUGGUGAUUUUGGGGCUGGAUCAGAUCAAGCGCGGCCGCGGCCCCGUCGUGGUGAAGACGGUGGCGGCGACGGUGUUGAUGGUACUGAUGACCAACGUUUACAGCAUAGUUAAGAUCAGAGGGAGCCGGAUCGACAAAGCUGCUGUUCUUAGUCCCACCGAUCAGGUCCUCAUGAUCAAGCACCUUCUCGACGCCACUCUCAUGGGAUGCUCCCUAUUUCUUGCUCUUAUGAUAGACAGACUACACCACUACAUUAGAGAACUUCGUAUACGAAGAAAGAGCAUGGAAGCCGUUAAGAAACAGAACAGAGGAUCUGAGGAUGGAAAAUCUAGCAGUUUGGAUAAGAUGAAGGUCUUGGAGAAUGAGAUGGCUACAUUGCAUACGAGACUUAAACAACUAGAAUUUGAAAUCGAGACAAAGACAAAAGAUGUUCAUACUGCAGAGUCCAGCGUCCUUGCUCUAAGAAAACAAUCGGAAGGGUUUCUUCUCGAGUAUGAUCGUUUACUUGAAGAAAACCAAAACUUCAAGAAUCGGUUGCAGUCAUUUGACCGGAAAAUGUCACGUUCAGGUAGCAAGAAAGAUUCAUAAGGGAUUUUAACGACAUUUUGGGAUUUUUAAUUUGUUAUUUAAUUUCACAGAAGUUGUUUGUGAGUGUUUUAAGUUGGGUUUAUUAAUUACGUUUAAUUUGUCAUAUAUGCUAAUUCUGGAGGGGAGAGAGAGAGAGGCUCACCACUUUGUACGGCUAAUGUAACUAAAAGUUGAGUGUUGUAGUAUAAUCGAUAAAAUUAUUCAGUUUUGUCUUGAUAAAUUGUGAUAUAUUUCCAAGGUGGAAGGCAUAAGUUUUCUUUGUGUCUAA